GAGCGUGUUAGUUGAUCUAUGCCGAGUGAUGGGAUGUUAGUUCGCGCUGAAUCCGAGCUGUGGGAUUUACAAAACGCAAAUUCAUCCUCUCCUCCCGAAAAAUAUUAAAAUCAUCAAAUGGUAUACAUAUUUAUCACCGGCCAGUGAGCAACAGCAUAAAACCAGACUUAUUCAUUUAAAAUCGUUUGACAGAUCUGCCUGUACAGCUCCUCAUAUCCAUCCGGACUGUGUGCUUUACACGCUGACUGGCUCCGACAUUUAAUGGAUCCAUGUCAAAAUACCGCUGGAAGACCUGAGGAUCAUGUGUUUCAGGGAUGGGAUGUUCCUUUCUUCUCAGAACAGGAUUAUUUGGGUUUAUACACAGCCCUUUCUGAUUCAGACGCUGAUCAGAGGAAUCAAGAGCAGAUGAAUAGAGAUAUGAAGAAUGAGGAAACAGCUGGGGCACCUGCUGGAUCAGCUCCACUACGCAGUCCGGAGCCGAUACAACCCAUUGCAAAAAAGUCUUGUGACGGUGUGACCAUGGACUUUUGGAACAUCAAUUUAAUUGAUUCACCACAAGGCAGUAACAGCAGAACUGCAUCGCUGUGCAUGUCAACAUUGCAACUACUAUCAGAAUAUGGGCUCAGUCAUGACGAGUUUAACUUGGGAGUGUUGUGGGCUCGCGUGGCCCCUCAGCAUGGGUCUCUCCUGGAGUCCGCUGAACUUCUCUUAAAUGUGUUUGUGCCGUGGCUGCCCGUGGAACUUCCGUACAGAAGCAGAUUAAAUAGUACAGCCCAGGAGGUGAUUGAGGCAGUUUUGGUGACUCUAGAUCGUUCUGCCACUCUCAGUGGACAAUUCCUGAUAAAACUCUGCGACUCUGAAGAGUAUCUCAAAAGUGACAGCAUCUUGGGAUUAUAUGAACGCAUCCAGGUGUAUCAGAAGUUUGCUUCGGAUGUUCCAGUGAGGAUGGUGCUCAAGGACACGGUUGAUAAAACACUGACACGAGAUGAGGAAGACAACAGGCAGAUAUUUCAUUUUAAUCAAGUCCUUGCUUCAGCUUGUGCAUUCAACACAAUAAGGUCAUGUCUGGAGGAGAAAUUGAAUAGCUACAGCCAAGAAGUAAACAAGUUCUUGAGAAGCCAGUGUGGUGUCAGUGUGAGUGAGGUUGUGGAGAGCGUUCAUGCCGUGUGUGAGCAGCUGUGUGGCGUGACUACAGUAGAGCUUGAGGAGGCUAUCGGGCGGCUCCAGCGCUUCGCAACAGUCACACUGACUCCAGCCGAAAUGUGUGACUGUGAAACUGCUGUACUCAUGCUCCAUCACGCUCUGCUGAAGCUGCUCUGCAUUUUCUUCACAAACUUUGAUUUGGACUUCAGAGGACAGGAGGAUCAUCCGAAUCCACCUGCAGCAGACAUCAUGGACAGCAGCUGCAUGCUGCAGGUCAACCUGACGUGCCUCUACAGACUGCUGCCCGGCUGGAUAAACAGUUAUGACCACUUCAGUGUGAGCUGCUCGCUCACAUACUGCGGCAGGAAUCUGACUGAACCUGUGCUGUCUGAGAACAUCAGCACGUCAUUACAACUCCACUACAAGAUUCAGUGCAACCGUCUAUUGGUGUUUCCUGUUCUAAUAAAGGAGCUUCCUUAUGAAUCAAUGUUGUGUUUUCAUCUACUGGGCUCAAAACAGGCCAAAAACCCUGAGCUCCUAUGCUGGGCGGUCCUUCCACUUUUUAACAACAGGACUCUAGUUCAUGGCACAGUUCUGCUCAGCAUGUCCACACAGGUGCCUCCGAUCUGUCCUCCAUCACCGGCACUGACUGACGGCCAUCGGCAGCCCACUGGUGUCAUUCUACAGAUUGAUUUCCCAGAGUCUGAGCAGUGGCAAUAUGAGCGAGUGUUGGCUCAGCAUGAAUCAGUCCUAGAGUUAGCACUGUGUGAAGAGCUGCAGAAGAGAAUAACAGAAGUGUGUCAGAAACACUGCCUGUCGCUGAUGACUGACAAUGAAAAGGCCUUCCUGUGGAGCAAACGGCACACCUGCAGUCAGAGAAACUCCUACCUGCACUUGGUUUUGGGCAGUGCACCACAGUGGAGACCGCAGAACCUACCGGAAAUAUACUUCAUCUUGGAGCGCUGGAGUCCUGUGAGCACUGAGGAAGCCUUGUUCCUCCUGAGUGAUGAGUUUCAUGACCAAUAUGUGCGUUCAGUGGCUGUGCAGCGUUUUCAGCAGAUGUGUGACAGUGAGCUGGAAGACUUUCUGCCACAGCUGGUGCAGGCUCUGAAGAUGGAGUGGGACAUUGAUGGGCCGUUGAUGAAGCUUUUGCUCUCAAGAUCUUUGCACUGUAUCCGUAUCGCUCAGCAGCUGUACUGGUUACUCAUGGACGCUCUGGAUGACUGGCUCUAUAAUAGUUGGAUGAAUAAGAUUCUGUCAGCGCUGAAGCACUGCUGCGGCCGUGCUCUGAGAUCGGAGCUUCAGCGUGAGAGCAGAUUAGUGGAUCUUCUCACUCAAGUGGCGGAGAAAAUCCGCACAGCUGACAAAACCAAGAGAAAGGAUGUGUUUAAUAAAGAGAAAUGUAAGAUUGCAAGCUUUUUUGCCGAUGGACUGUCCUGCAGGCUUCCAUUAGAUCCAGCGGUUGUGGUCAAAGAUGUGAAUAUUGAGGCUUUUAAGGUUUUUAAUUCAAACGCAGUGCCAAUGGAAGUGUCUUUCAUCACCACUGACCCGCUGGGCCAGAACUACAGCGUCAUCUGCAAAACCGGAGAUAACCUGCGACAGGACAUGCUGGUGCUGCAGAUUGUGCGCGUUCUGGACCGCAUAUGGAGACAGGAGGGACUGGACAUGCGCAUGGUCAUGUAUAGAUGCAUGUCUACUGGUAGAGAUCAAGGUUUAGUGGAAGUGGUGCGUGACGCUGUGACUCUGGCAAAGAUUCAUCAGGAGUGGGGUCUGUCUGGAGCGCUGAGGGAAGACACCUUAGAAAAAUGGUUCCAUAUGAGGAACAAGACCAAAGAUGACUACGAGAAGGCGGUAAUGAACUUCCUUUACUCUUGUGCCGGCUGGUGUGUCGCCACAUUCGUUCUGGGCAUACGUGAUCGACACAAUGACAACAUCAUGAUCAAACACAGUGGCCAUAUGUUCCACAUCGAUUUUGGCAAGAUCAUGGGCAAUGCGCAGAAGUUCGGUAGCAUCAAGAGAGACCGAACGCCCUUCAUCUUUACGCCAGAGAUGCAGCGUUUCAUCACUGGCGGCGGGGAGAAUCCACAGCGCUUCCAUCGGUUUGUUGAGUUGUGUUGUGAAGCGUACAACAGUCUGCGUAGACGCUCUGCACUUGUGCUCAGUUUGCUCCAGCUGAUGCUAGCAGCCGGUAUGCCUGAAUUGAAAGACGUCCAAGACCUACAGUAUGUCCACAACAAACUGAGGCCUCAUGACUCAGAGCUGGAAGCCACAUCAUAUUUUACCAGAAAAAUUAAGGAGAGCAUGGAGAGUUUACCAGUCAAGUUAAACUUUCUCAUCCACACCAUGGCACAGAUUUCUUCCAUCAAACGUUCAGAAGUGCACGCUAAGAGCCAGAUCUCUUCCAACAACAACAUACAGGAGGCUGUGAUCCAGAAAUAUACAGUGAACGGCAAAAACGUGACGUAUGAGCUGAAAGUGACCAUUGAGGACGGAUACCUCAUCGUUCAAAAGAGCUUUGCUCAGUUUGAGAUUGUCCAUAAGCAACUGCAGAAGCACUUCAUCGAGUCCACACUCCCAAAGUUCCCGAGCUGGUUUAACAUGUCCUUUACACCAAGCAGAAAGAUGUCUCUGUUGAACAAGUACCUGAAGGAGCUGUUUGAAGGGCCCUGCAAAGGGAACGAAUAUGUCUGUAGCCUGUUUCUGGACGGACCAAACGCUAACGUCAAGUCAGAAACAGACACUCAUCUCCGACCACAGAUUCAACUCUACCUGUCUUAUAAAGACUAUAAGUUAUCUGUAAUGAUAAAGCAUUUGAAAAAUAUUAGGUUGUCUAAUGGCUCAUGUCCGGAUGCUUAUGUGGUGACGCGACUAAGACCCGACCCACAGGAGAAGACAAAGAGGAAGACUAAAGUGGUCCGCAGCAAUGACAAUCCCACAUUCAAUGAACUGAUCGAGUACAGGAACGUGCCGAACCUCCAUGGUCAUGUGCUGGAGGUGACGGUAAAGAGCAGGAAGACUUUUGUUGCAGCUACCAAUGUGGUUCUGGGAGAAAGAGUUCUGGACCAAGAGAAGUGGUUUCCUCUUGGCUUCUCGGCUGUUUAAAGAUCACGUUCAGAUCAGCAUUACUAAAGCAUUUGAGUGAACAUGAAGGUUGUUUCACAGAAUGAUCAGCUAUGCGCUUCAGAUGGAGAUCAUAUAACAUGGAGGACAAAUGUUGAUCAGUAUUAAUAGAACUCAUUAAUGAAGAACAUUUAAGAUACCAGACCAGGUUUCUCCCAAGGUUGUUUUUCUCCACCACUGUCACCUGAUGGAGUUUUGGUUUCUUGCCAGUCAUUUAGUCUUGCUCAUUAGAUGCAUAAAGACACAUUGAAGCUGUAUUUGAAACUACUGUAACGUGAUUCACUGUGACUGUAUUAUUCUCUGUGAAGCAGCUUUGAUGUACUUUUAGUUAUAUUUGAAAAUACUGGUUUCUGAAACUAAACUCACUGAUUUUACUGUGAAGCUGCUUUGAUACAGUUUUUAUUGUAGGAAGUGCUAUAUUAAUACAAACUUGAAAAAUAUAAAUGGGGUUUAAGAUCUUUUUAAUCUUAAAAUUCCAUUGAGCAGUUUCUUAUAUAUGAUGUAGCCAUCAGCUUGGGAAAUGGCCUUUGACCUACAGAUAAAGAGGUGUUAAUAAUAUUGAGAAGUCCUUGUAUCACCUAUUUUAUGCAAAAAUAUUUAAUAAAAAGCAGUUUAAAGUUAUGUCUAAGUUUAAAAAUGUCUAAGCAGCAAGCCUCCUUGUCAGCUCGUUUUCUAACAGUUGUUUUGUGCAUAAUAUGGA